CAGUCGAGUGAGCUUUCAGGGAACGCAUGCAAGUGUUGUGACGAUGACGCGCGCCGCACCUGCAUCUCUGACCGCAGAGGUCAAGCUUCUUGUUCACCUCCCCCCCGUGUAGCCAACUCUCCGACUCGCAACCUUACAACAUCCAUCAAAAUACAGCAGACAAUCAGUCAGUGCAAGAAAACAUGGCGCCGGUGCCGCUAGAACCGGAAGUAAAGUAUCUGCCUUUGAGCCUUGUCGGUGGUCACGCACUUGCAGUGCUCUAUCUCGGCUUCACUGUCGCUCAAAGCCUGUACAAAGCGUAUCACGAUCAGCCGCCGUCUCAGAUGACAAGAGCAAGACUUGAUCGACGCGCCAUUCUUGCACCUCUUUUUGCAUGCUUGGCUCUCGUCAGCUUGUAUUUUGCAGGCUACUGGACAUUGAGCUACGCGAAGCUCUCAUAUCGCGUCUGGGCGGAUCAGCGAGGAGUUGAAGCCCCGGUUCGCUUCUAUGGCGAUCAUGGUCUCUUCCCCAGCCAAAAUGCGACUCGGGUUUAUCCUGGUCGCUGGCUGACAGAUACUUCAGUCCACAUGGACGCUCUGGAGAUCGUCGCGGAGAAGACUCGCCGGUUUUGGUGGGGACAGCAGAUCGAACUUGCAACGAUCUCGUGGAGCUUGUUGCUGGUUGUUGAAGGGCGACGGCGGAACAUUCCUUUUGUUUGGGCCUAUCUUGCCUUGGCACAUCUCGUCAGCUUGUCUUUCGCCCAGAACCUAUUUUAUUUGGCACUGCUUCUCACGCCAGCCUCAAGCGCUACUGGACAUCAAGAGCGCCCGACUUCUACAGUUGGACGUUUGCGCCACAAAUUAUUUCCCCCGAAGCCUGCAAACUGGCUCCCACACCCCGCAUUACUCUUGGCUUCGUUCUGCACUACGUAUGUUCUGAUCCACUGGGCACCCUCAACGGCAGGCACAGACACGUUUGCCAAGAUUGCAGUGGCCGGGCGGAUGCUUUCGUUUGCUCCCGUUGUUAUUCCCUCCGUGGUUCCGGCCAGCUGGGGAACAGUGUACAGCGACCCUCAUGGGGCAUACGGUAUCUUCGUUGAACUCUUCCGAUUCGUUUCUACGACAAGUUUCGUUUUCCAUGCUAAAGGGACCGCACUUGGUCUGCUCUACAACACGCCGGAUGCCCACUUCCACCGCCACAGUCGAUUCCUACCCUUUGACAAAGGCCAACGCUCGACUUGGGAGCGGACAACAACGGCGAUCGGCAAGGUUUUGGGAUCGGCAUCCGAUCACCCUGUUGUAGCUGCUGUGGCAUGGGACGUUUUGCUCAGUGGGGCCAGUCAGGGGUUGUGGGCAGCAGUGCGUGCGUUGGAUGUAAACGACAUUCUAGCCUCCGCAACUCCGUUCGUCCAGAAGGAUCUUUCGAGGGCGCAGUCAUCACCCGGGCUGCUAGAAGAAGCCGAUAAACCAACGCCGGAACCGGAAUCGGCUAGCCACGCCGGCGCUAGUACCAUCCGACGCAGGGGCCGCCCACCAAAAGCCAAGUCUGAAGAGAUGUCAAUUUCAGAGACGCCUGGGUCUAGAAGCAUCCGCCGAGGGCGACCCCGAAAGCACACAGCAAAACCCGAGGAGGCGCCGGAAGAUGAUGCCUAUGAGCCGAGCCCGGCAGAAAGCCGUGCUGCGGUGGAGGGCGACGAGCUGCCUGAUAGCGAUCUGGACUGGGAGUCCGCAGCUUUGGCAUGGGGUCUCACAGCUUUGGGCGGGCUUGGAUCGAGCAGUGCUGGUGUAUUCGGGGCCGAGUGCAUAUCUCGGUAAGCUAGUGAACAGUAAAUCCAGAGCAGUGUGAGUAGGGUAGAGACGGGUCUGCUACGCGAUGCAUCACUUUCAACAAAUUCGAGUGGAACUAGGUAGGGCAUGACUACCUGUGGGCCUGAAAGCCGCCAGGGGAAUCGUGACUUGGUUUAUGGUAAAGUUCCGUAAAACCUAAGAGAUUUUUGGAGAUAGAGAUGUAGGAACCGAUCUUCUUUCGUCUAAUACGUGC